CAACUCUCACUGUAGAGACCUUUGCUAAACAUGGCCACUGCCCCGAAGCACCUUGGUAUCAUCCUCAUGGGCCCGCCCGGCGCCGGCAAGGGUACCCAGGCCCCGCAGAUCAAGGCCAAGUACGGCCUCUGCCACCUCGCCACGGGCGACAUGCUCCGUGCCGCCAUUGCUGCGGGUACUCCGCUGGGCAAGAAGGUCAAGUCUGUGAUCUCUGCUGGCGAGCUUGUUUCGGACGACCUCAUUGUGGGCCUCAUCCAGGAGCGGCUCGGGUCCGACCCCGAGUGCGAGCACGGGUUCAUCUUUGAUGGCUUCCCGCGGACCAUCCCGCAGGCUGUCAUGCUCGACGAGCUGCUGGCCAAGGAGGAGAAGUCGCUGGACCACGUCAUCUCGUUCGAGAUUGAUGACGGCAUCCUCCUUGACCGCAUCACCGGGCGUCUCAUCCACCGCGCGUCGGGCCGGUCGUACCACGUGGUCCACCGCCCGCCGAAGGUGCCGGGCAAGGACGAUGUGACCGGCGAGCCGCUGUACAAGCGGCCGGACGACAACGAGGAGGCGUGCAAGAACCGGCUCAAGGUCUAUCACUCGCAGACGGCGCCGCUCAAGGAGUUCUACUCGAAGAAGGGCCUGCUCCGCCUCAUCAACGCCUACCAGGAGGCCGACUCGGUCUUUGCCGACGUCCAGGCCGUCCUCAACGCCCAGCACUGAUCUGCGAGCGGGCGCUGCGCAGCAACCAAUUACAUACUGUGACCCAUGAGUGCGUGGUCGCCACGAACAUUGUUUUCGUGUUGACAGGAGAAGAGGAGGGAAA